CACGCGUCCACCGCCUGAUCCGAAUAUCUACGAUCAGAUCAUCAGCUUCUUAUCCUUCUCACCCUGCCCUCCCCCAAAAUUAGCAACUGUGAAGUACUACUGGCCACCAUUCAUUUCCACAUCUUCAUCUCCUUUUCUGCACCGCCUACGCUGAUCUGCUUUGCUUUGUCCGCCCUCCAAUCAAGAAAGCGCAGCUCCUCAGAGAAGAUCUCAGUGCACAGCCAUCUCUGUAGACUUGCAGCGCCCGCGUUUCAAGACAGCGCCCCCGCGAUCACUUUAAGCGAUUGACAGCCCAUAAAAACGUUGCCUAGAACCUUGCUAGAACCUGUGAACCCCCCCACGUCCUUGUCUCUCCCCCUCCAUCGUUAUCUUCUUCGUCGUUCCUUCAAAGCCUUCCACAAGUCCUCAUGGCCUACCCUCAUGAGCAAAUUCCGAUGCAACAGAAGCAGCCCUUCCUUGUGCAACAACCGGGACCCACCCUCGGCAUGCAAAUGGGCGGAGGAGGUAACCGGAAUGCUGCCGGCAAGCCUCUCAACAGCAGCGGAGAACGAGAAUGGAGCAACGGGCUGUGUGGCUGUUUCGAGGAGUGCGGCACUUGCUGCUAUGCACUGUGGUGCCCGUGUGUUGUACACGGCAAAAACAAGCAACGUCUGGACCACUUGAACAACAAAGGUUUCCCCCAUCCCGAUGGAGGAGAUUGUUGCUCGGGAUCUUGUUGGGGACACUGCUGCUUGAGCGGCCUAGGCUUCGGCUGGUUGCUACAGGUGCGUUCACACAGCAUUGGUAACACAGCAUUGAUAACAUUCUUCCGAAUCGUGUCUUUCUCAGUGCUUCAACCGUGGUGACGCUCGCCGACGCUAUCACAUCGAAGGUGGAGGAUGCGGAGAUUGUUGUGCGACCUUCUGCUGCGCACUAUGUGACCUUGUUCAGGUUUCGCGUGAGAUCGAACUUGAGGAAAACAGUUUCGGUCCUAAAUAUUGAGCAUUAUCUCUAUUCUCACCGUGCUAUUGCCUCUGUACACUGUUUGUAACUGGCUGUGCCGCACACUACAUGGAUAUGAUGUACCAAUUUUGGCUCGAGACGUCGCCCAGCGCCAUUCCUUUCAGAGGCCAAAUGAUGUCAGGGAACGACUCAAUAUUAAUCAGGAUCAUUGGUGAAGACACUCAAGAGUCGUC